AUGGAUCGUAAACCUCCCAGUGGUUCCAGACUCUCUGAUUAUGAACAAUACAGAAUGAAGAAGUACAGGGAUCAUGCACGUUUCUUGCGUCCGAAACGUGAGGUUAUAUAUGUGGACGGUGAUAGACAAUACAUUAACACUUAUGAUGCGAUGUUAGAUGAUGCAAAUUCUCCUUUUGGACGUAACUAUAUUUUAAUGAACGCCUCACCGCGUGGAAUGUUACAUGUAAAUCGUAAAAAGAACACUGAACAUGAUUGGGCUCCACGAUUAAUUAAGACAGAUUUCAAUAUGCCAACCAUACCAAAACGUGCUAUGUCUAGUAUGGACUUGCGUAGAUCAGAGACUUACACCUCAGCUGAAGAUUUACGCUACCACAAUGUUCGUAAGGCUGGUAGUUUUGAUGACCUUCUGACCAGAGAAAGAUAUUUUUCUGAAGUAGCACCUUCAGAAAGUGGUAUCAGUGAAAUUGAUUCUAUAUUUGCUAUUGAUGAUGAUUCUCAAUCACAAAGUUCUAUUUGUAGUGCAGAUAGGUCAUUCUGUUAUAGUGAAGUAGAAGAAGGACAUGACCGUCUGGAUGUUCUAGAUGUAAUUGAGGAAAAUGAAAUGGCAGAAGAUUCUGGUAACCAUGGAAGUGAAUCUUUGUCCUGUAUUACUAACACAAAUCGCCGUCUGUCUCAAGGUCAGAUCAAUGCUGGUAUUUUGACUGAAGAAUUGCUCAAAUUGAAAGAAGCUCAAGAACAACGAAGGGUUCGGAAAACAGAAGACAUUAAAGAGUAUAUCGAAAAUAAUAAUGCUACAAACAGAAACUACAGUACAACUUCAUACGACUCUUGUCUUGGUGACAGCAUACGAACUGACACCGACCAAUCUGAAUACAGUGAACAUGGUAACUACAACACCAAUAAUCAUGGUUUUAAAUCAGGACGUAAACUGACCUAUUCUACAGACAGUGGGAUUGAUUCACGACAUGAAAGUUAUAAAUCACAUCAUGACUCUGAAGACAUGGUGACAGCAUCUGUUGAAACAACAUACCUGUCUGAUUUACCUGGUGUUUAUGAACAUGAACAAAGGAAAAGUGGCGAAUGGUGGAACAAAAAUGACUUUUCUCAAAAGAAAACUGUUGAAAAGUCAACAUUUACUCCUGAUAAACAUAAAGAUACUUUGACAUUUAAGUCAAAAUCUGAGGAUGACAAUGUGACUACAACAGUAGAGACUAUUUACUUGCAAGAUGGUGACAAUUUACAGUAUCUUGACAAUGAAACUGAAACUGUUAAUAUUGAGUGUGAAUCGGAAUGCAAACAUAAUGACUCAGAAAUAGUGCAGAAAUCAAUAGAAACUGACUACAGUGAACAGACUGAAAAUAAAUUUCAAAGGUCAGGGGAAAAAUUCAUAGCUUCCACCCAAAUCAAUUCUGUGAUUGAAAAUAAUAGUGAAAACAUUGAAGAAAUUACAACUGAAACAAUUCAUUUUGGAGAUCAAAGUGUUCAAUUAUGUGAUGAAUCACCCAUUAGUGACUCUCAACCACAUAACUCAUGUGAAAUUUCAAUCAAUACCCAAAUGGUCAGUGAUACUGUGUGCCAAAUGUCAGAAGAUAAUUUGUUUACCAAAGAACAUGUAUUAAACACACACGAAAACUUGAAGUCCAUAAACUUAACCAGAGCAGAACAAAAUCUAACAUUUUCUAACCAAUCAGAGUUAAGUUUACAAUUCAAUGAUGAAUUAGAGCUAGCAGACGACAGAAACUCUGUGUAUUAUUCUCAGAGAAAUAUUGAUGGAAAGCCUACACACGACACAGAGACAACUGUCGUUGUUUAUAAUGAAGCUGAAUGCACGAGCACUAGUGUAGUGAGUACUGAGUUAACUACAAACCAAUUUACUACCAAUAUCUCUUAUGAUGAGAAUAUUUUGGAGGGAAAAGUUGAAGAGAGUAAUUUAAGCCUAGGGGAUAACAGACAUUUUACUGAUCACUCAGGUAGAAAUGAUGAGAUAAAUACUUCAACAGUUUUAUACACAGAUAUUACUACACAAAAAACUCUCGGGACAACUCAAUACAAGGAGACCAUUAAAAAUAGUGCAAAGACAGGUGAUAUUAUUGACAGUGAAGAUAUUUUAAUUCAUGUUGAAAAGUUUGAUAUUGUGGAUAGUGUAAAAGACCUUGAAGAAAAUGGUGAACAAUUUAUUGACAAUGUGAAAUCGUUUGAGCAAGUGGAGAAAAGUGUAAUUGGAAAUUGGAAUGAGGACGUUGUUAAGGUAGGCGUGGAUCGUAAAGAGUAUUUUAUUACUGAAGUGGUUACAAGUUUACAGGCUAACAUAUCAAAGAAGGACAUAAAUAAUGUUUGUUUUGAUCUAGUGACUGACAUUAGAGCAGAUAAACUAUCACAUCACAACCCUAUUAUUCUAGAUUUUCCUUUUACAGAAAAAUAUAUUGAUAGAUGUGAGAAUUUUAUUGACCAAUCAGAUGAUAGAGUGUUAAUUAGACAUAAUACUCUAGUUCAUCAAUUGUUAGAGCAGGUCGAUUCUUCAAUUGAUUAUUAUGAGUGUAGUGGAGAAAAUGUUGAUAGUAAGGAGAUAAAAACUGAUUAUAUUCUAACUAAAGAUAGAGAAAUAACACUAGAUUCUGACAAUAUGGCUGAAGGACAGGAUUAUAGCUGGACUAAAGAAAGAGAGGGGGUUUACGAAGAAGAAGAAUGGGAUAAUUUAGAGGAUUUCCGGCCACAAAGACAAAGUGGAGUAAAAAUCAAUGUCAUUAAAAAUAAACUUCCUAUCUUAACCCAAUAUAAAAUGCAGACAAUUAGCGAAAAUGAUGAGGUAGAUUUGGGCCAGAGUUCAUUUUCUGACAUGUACGAUCCAGAUUCUGAUAGAGACUCCAAGGUGACCACUUCUGUGACUCACAGUAAUGGAAUUGAAAUAAGUAUGAUAAAGACUGAACAGAUGAAUAUUGCCCAAUAUCGUGUUGCACAGCAGAGUUUAGAUGUAUCAAGUGUACAAGAUGUGAAUACUUGUGAAUUGGAAGAAGCUGCUCCCAAUGUACACACCAGUCCUAGAGCUAAUGCUGAGAUUACAGAAACCUCCACACCAUUCUUUAAUAGAUUUUUCAAGACCACCUAUCAUCAAAAUAUCAACAGCAGUCAAGAAUUUCAUCUACCUGUUGCUACAGAUAUAGAUAUAUAUUCUAGUAGACAGCACAAUGUGCAUUAUAAAAACUUAAAAUUAGGUGAAAUUGGAAAUGAGAAUAUGGGCAAGACAUUUCAGUUUGUUUGUGACAGACCUAAAAUUCCCAUAGAAUGGACUCAAGAACAAACACUGGAAUCUAAAUACAUGUCAACAGAAAAUAAGUCGAGUGAGAGGAUUGAUUUUGCCAAUAUUAGUCACAUUUCAGAACCUGAAAGUCCAUACAAAGCAUCUUGUAGUGCUGAGGUCAGUCUGCUGGAGGAUUCAGGUUACAUGACUUAUUUACAUGAGGAUUCUCCCAAACAGAGCUUACUAGACAUAUCACAUGACUCUGAUAGUUCAGCAUAUAGAUCAGUUUGUACAGCAGAAGUCAAUGUUGAAAUACCUGGUGAAGAAGAAAAGACCGAGACUAUGUUGACAUCUAAGAGUGGAGUAUCACUCUCUCCAUCAUCUGAAAUCAGUGAGACUGAGAGUGGGUACUAUACCUUGACAAGAUCUGGUAAAUCUGUUGUUUCCCGACAAGACACUACGGAAGACAUGACCAGUUUUGUUUAUGAGGACUCAGAUCAUUCUUUGUAUAAAGAUCAGAUGUUUGGUGUCAUGAAUGAAGAAAGUAAUGUCCAAUUUGAAAGAAUCCAAUCUCAAGAGGACAUUACAAGUUAUUCUGAAACCUGUCAUGCCACUAGUCACGAUACAAGUUCAGAAUACUUGUCCGGGACCACCAUCAGUAGGAGGGAUUUCAACAGGAUUGACUCAAAAGAAGCUACUGCAGACACAUUGCAAGAAUUCAUUGACUUUUCUGAAAGUUUGGGGAAAUCUUUUGAACUUGAAGAGCAGAAACUUCUCUCUGAGAUUGAAAGUUCAGAAGAAACCUCUUAUGUAUCUGCAGGUAUAGUAGCCAGCACUGCUUAUCUUUACACUGAGGCUGCAACCAGCAAUGAGCAAAACAGUUUCAAGACGACAGUCAUUGAAAUUUUUGAUUCAUCUGAGGAUCUGACUGGAUGUAUUGAGUUUGAAGUAGACGAUGAUGGAACUGGUAGAAAUAGAAGGAGAUCAAUUUUGGACAUUACUAAAGCUAGAUCGACAGAAGAUUUAUGCAGAAAUUUGGCUGCCGAUCAGGUUUUUACAUCUAGGAAAUAUUCUGUUGAUGUGAUGGAUGUCCAAGAUGGAUCUAGACUGGGAAUAAGAAGGGUCAGAUCCACAGAAGACAUGACUAGUUAUAAACUAUCUUCUGAGAAAACUGAGUAUUCCUACACAAUGUCAGAAAUGAAAACACACCGUGAAGAAUCUGGUGCCCUGUUACAUAGACAACUUGAGAAAGCCAAUUCAACUGAAGUUAUCACUAGCUUUGAAAACACUUCUGAAGCCACUCAACUAUCAACAACCACAGAAUUACAUACUUCAGGAAUGGAACAUGGUGAUCUUAAAGCUUUCAGAACCAAACAAAUUGAAAAGGCCGAUUCUACUGAAGAUAUCACCAGCUUUGAAAACACAUCUGAAGCAACUCAACUGUCAACAACCACAGAAUUACAUACUUCAGAUAUGAAACAGGGUGAUCUUAAAGCUUUAAGAACUAAACAAAUUGAAAAAGCCAACUCAACAGAAGAUAUCACCAGCUUCGAAAGAACAACAGAAAUCACAGAUAACUCCCAAUUAUAUGACAGUCAGCAUGCUGGUUUAAAAAAUUCUAGGUCACUAAGGAAACAAACCAAUUCUCAAGAUGAUGAAUAUUGGACCACUACAACCACCACAACUGAAACUACAACCACCACACAUCAUCCUGGUGAAGAAUGGAGAACAGACACAGAAACUAUUGACAUCAAUUACCACUCAUCUCAGCAUGAUGAUUUACAAUCAUCUACUAUGCAAAAUAUUGAACAAAACACAGAAAACAGAAUUGAAACUGCUAAUAGCAUCAACUAUCAUUUAUCCCAACAUGAUGAAAUUGAUCAUACUCAUCAUGGAAUUGAAACAACUACCAAGAUGUUGCAGGAAAGACAAGCACCAGUUCUUAAAUUGCAACACCUAGACAGUCAGUUAGAAAGUGUUGACACUAUUGAACUUCUCAAAUCCUCAAAAUCCUUUGAAGGAGGUUUACAGCAACUAUUAUCAUCUGAAGGUGGAAUUGACCAUAGUGAACAAUUUGAAUCUAUGACUGAUAAAGAUCGAAAUAAAAUUCAAAUGUUUAUCAUUUAUCAAGAUUUUGCCCAGAUGCGAGAACGUUCACGAUUAAAAAGACAAUUAGGACUGUUAUCAAAACAAUUUGAAAGACUAGAUAGUGUGGACAAUUCAGACAAAUCUACUCAACUGACCACUAUAGACUCAUUUCUAGAUCAAUUUUUGAACAAUCUUCAAGUGUCUGAAAAGUUGGAAGUAUUAAAAACACAGUUUAAGAAAGUGACAAGUUUUAGGCCUGUCCAAUAUUAUGAUGACGAUAAUGAAAUUUAUAUUCUGAUGGAGAAAUUUUCUCAGAUUUUACGUGAAUUAGAAUUACAUCGUGAUGACAAUAAACUAAGUGCUAAAUUAACUUACUGUCUCAAUUUUCUUAAAGCUAAAACUAUAGAUGGACAAUUUGACUCUCUGUGUGACUUUGUUUGUGUUGAAUCUCAGAAAGAAGAUAUGGAACUAUUACAGAAUCACCUGUGUUUAACUAAAGAGGGUGAUUUUGGUUCUCGUAGAUUGAUGAAAUAUUUAGGACGUGGAUUCUCUACUGAUAUGAAAACAAUAUGGAGACCUAAAUUACGGACAUGUUUACAAACUGUAUGUGAAGAUGUAGAACUGGAUUUUAACUCUGUAUCAAUUACACCUCAUAAAGAUGAAAAUACUGGUAAACCAUGCUGUGAAUUCCAUGGAACUGAUAAAGGAUUAUUAGCAGAACUCAAUCUAUGGUCAAACCAAGAUUCAGUUAAUGAUUUGUCACCAACAUUUGAACGUAGGGGAAUUAUCAACUGA